AUGGGUGAUGUUGAAAAAGACAAGAAGAUCUUUAUUCAGCAAUGUUCUUAGCGCCACACAGUUGAAAAGCACAAGACAAGACCAAAUCUUUGGGGUUUAGUUGGCGGCAGAACAGGACGAGCUGCAGGAUUUUCUUACUCAGAUGCAAACCAGAACAAAGGAGUUGUCUGGAGUGAGAAUACACUGAAGGAGUAUUUGGAAAACCCUAAGAAAUAAAUUCCUGGUACAAAAAUGAUUUUUCCUGGAAUUAAAAAGCAGGAUGAAAGAACUGAUCUUAUGGUAUACUUGAAAAAAGCAACUUCAUGA